CCAUGCAAAUAAAGCCUCUCUGUUCUUUCCCGAUGACCACUCAAACCUCGAGCAAACACAAACUAGCUUAAAGGAAUAUAAGUAAGAGCGCGAGUUCAACGCAGAAUAGUUUUAUUUGUGCUUGCUCUGUAGAAGGAGCGAGGAGGGGGUGUUGAAAAUGGCAGCCAAGAGAAGUGGCUAUUAUUAUUCUCUGUCCUCGUUGGAGAUGGACCGGAUCUUGCUCAGAUUCCGGCCGAUCGCCCCGAAGCCGGCGGCCAGCGGGUCGGGUUCCGGGGGAUCUUGUUCCUCGCUGGAGAGCAGCGGGCUCUACGACGUCAUGCCGGUGAUCAGAAAGAGAAGAAGAUCCAGCAAGCGGGGAACAAUAGCAUCAAGAGGCCCGCCGCACGGCGCCACAGAAAACGAAAGCCGUGUCGUGAGGAAAAGAUGGUGUAUGGAUCACCAGAUUUAGGGGAGACUCCAGGACCUGAAACCCUCAGGUGGCUCUGCUUCAGCAAUCGAGACGACGCCCUCCGCCGCACCGCCGAGAAGCCGUCGAUGACGCCACGUGUGCCGGGCCGCGUGCAACGGACGUCAGCGGUCCAGGACCAGGCGGCGCCACGGGGCCCGGUGGUGGCGUCAACGGUCAGCGUCGAGUGGGUGACCGACACAUGGGUGGCCCCGGAUGCCCUGGGGCGCACGGACGCCGAGAGGAAAAACAAUCUGAGAGGGACACGUGCCCGGGGUUCACGUCCGACGGGUGGGGGAGGGUCACGUGGACGAACGGGGCGUUCAGGAGGAUGGUGGGGGCGGCGGCGGCGGAGGACCGGAGCAGGCUCGAGGUGUGGCUGGUGGCGAAGGAGGAGCGCCCGAGGCGGGCGGCGGCGGCGUUCACAUGCCGGGUGAGGGUGGAGUACGCCGGCAGCGGCGACGGGAGGAGCUGCUCGCUCACGCUGCCGUGCGACGUGUGGAGGAUGGACGGCGGCGGUUUUGCAUGGAGGCUCGACGUCGACGCCGCUCUAACUCUCGGCUUGGGACUAUAAUUACAUAAUGGAAAAACAAGAAACUGUCGGGCGCACCAAAAGUGGUGAAUACGUGAUAAUAUCUGCUGUUUCGCGAGAUCUUUGUAUUGUGGUUGUUCUUAUCCCUCUAUAGAAAUGUUGGUUUUUUU